AAAAUUAUUAUAAAUCAAAAACCAAAAAGGCCACGUCUCUGCAAACCCUAUCUUACGUUUGAAGAAGAAAACGCUUAACAAAUCCAUCAACAUUCACAACAUCGCACAUGGUGUACCACCGCCGGUGAUCUCCGACAAUCUCCACGAUUUGGGGACUGAGUUUGGUUACGGUGUCAAUAAGGGUUUGUGAAUUUUUCGUUAGAUGAUGACGAGAAAAACUAGCAGCAGCUGUGCUGUCUGCGAGACCUCAAAUCUUGCUUCCAUUUGCGCCCUUUGUGUAAAUUACAGAUUAAAUGAGUAUAGCACUACUUUGAAGUCAUUGAGGAGCCGACGGGAUUUACUUUAUUUGAGAUUGAGUGAAGUGCUUGUGGCAAAGGGUAAGGCAGAGGAUCAGCUUAGUUGGAGAGUGCUUCAAAAUGAGAAACUUGCAGGAUUGAGGGAGAAGCUCCAAUCUAGCAGAGAACAAUAUUCACAAGGGAAGGGUAAGGUGGAGAAGAUGUCGUAUGAUCUAAAAGUCAAAUAUGAGUUGCUUGAAUCAGCCAGGACUACGUUGGAAAGAAAUCGUGUCGAACAACUGGAAAAGUUCUAUCCUAAUCUCAUCUAUACGCAGAGCUUGGGGCACAUGGCAAUUACCUCCGAACGUCUUCACAAACAGUCAGUUGUUAUCAAACAGAUAUGCAAGUUGUUCCCACAACGUCGGGUAAAUAUAGACGGAGAGAGAAAAGAUGGGUGUAGCGGUCAGUAUGAUCAAAUUUGCAAUGCACGCUUACCAAGAGGACUUGAUCCCCAUUCAAUUCCAUCCGAAGAACUUGCUGCCUCUUUGGGAUACAUGGUGCAACUUUUAAAUCUUGUUGUUGACAAUGUUGCUGCACCCGCACUUCAUAACUCGGGUUUUGCGGGUUCAUGCUCCCGAAUAUGGCAACGAGAUUCUUAUUGGGAUGCCUGUCCGUCUUCCAGAAGCAAUGAAUAUCCACUAUUUAUACGGCGCCAAAAUAGCUGCUCCACUGGUGGAGAGACUUCAUGGUCUGAUAGAAGCUCAAGUAAUUUUGGUGUUGCUUCAAUGGAAUCUGAGAGGAAGACCCGUUUGGAUUCUUCUGGCGGUAGCUUCAAUUUUUCUUCAGCUUCACCACAUUCUGUUGAAAUGCACCAGGACCUGCAGAAAGGGAUUUCACUUCUCAAAAAAAGUGUGGCAUGCCUAACAGCCUACUGUUAUAACUCAUUAUACUUAGAUGUUCCUACCGAGGCAUCUACUUUUGAAUCCUUUGCAAAGUUGUUGGCCACACUUUCUUCUUCCAAGGAAGUUCGAUCUGUUUUUUCCUUGAAAAUGGAGUCUUCAAGGUCAUCAAAACAAGUUCAACAGUUGAACAAAUCAGCAUGGAAUGUGAAUUCAGUCAUUUCAUCGAGUACUUUACUGGAGAGCGCACAUACACUACCCAUAACAAGAAACACCUACAAAAAUAACCUUCGAAGUUCUGCUGCCAGUUUUCUUUAUGCCACUGACUCAUCUGAUAUUGGAAAGAAUGAAAACCUUAUAGAAGGAUGGGAUCUUGUGGAGCAUCCCACUUUUCCUCCUCCACCAUCGCAAACAGAGGAUGUUGAGCAUUGGACUCGAGCCAUGUUUAUUGACGCAACGAAGAAAUGAUCUGGUGCUUCAACUGCCUACUACAUUUGUACAGGGAAGACUGAAGAGGAGUAAGUUAUUAACCUUCUGAGAUGGCUGACUUAUUGUAUAUGUAUAUAGGCAAUUGAUUGUAACCUAUUAACACAUGUACAUAGAGAUAAUCACUACUAGUGUAUAUAUUCAAGUGCAAGUAAAUUUAUAAUUUUCUUUCAGUUAUUUUAUUUUAUUUGGUUUUUGUGGA